UUAAAUCUCGGGCAGAGUCUCUGAUUUUCUCUCUCUUUCUCAAAAACAAGAGGGGAAAAAAACACAAGACAGAAAGAGAGAGGCACAAGCCAUGGUUUCAACGAGGAGAAGUGGAUCUCUCUCCGGCAAUAACAGCAAAAGAUCGUCGUCCUCGGACGACAACAACAACAAGCCUCAGUCCCCGAAGCGCCAGAAGGUCGAUAACAAUGGCGUUGCUUCCGAGAAAACGGAGAAUUCCAAGGAGGUUUGUACGCCGGCCACGGCGGCGGCUGAUCCCGGAGAAUGCAGUGCCGCCGGCGAGGCUCUGGCUUCCGGGGACUGUGCGACUUCUGUAAAGACAGAUGCUUCUGUACCAGCUACGGCGGUGACCCCAUCGCCUGUAGCUCAAGGGUCUUCUCCAGCUGCUGUGUUGGACAAGGCGAGGAGUUCGUUCUUGGCGUGGAGUUCGUAUCAGAAGCAGAGUAUGAAUCCGGCGAGUUUUGAGCUCACAGCACCUUGGUGCAAGCUUCUGUCACAGUCUGCUCAGAAUCUGAACAUUUCUAUCACGACUUCGAAUUUCACAAUUGGUUCGAGCAGAAGCAGCAAUUUCCCGCUGAAGGAUAGUACCAUUAGUGCAUGUCUGUGCAAGAUUAAACGUGAACAGCGGGAGGGUGGUGCUGUAACAAUGAUAGAAAGUAUGGGAAGCAAGGGUUCACUACAAGUAAAUGGGUCACAUGUGAAGAAAGGCAGCAGCUGUGUGAUCAACUCGGGUGAUGAAGUGGUGUUUGGUCCUCUGGGAAACCAUGCUUAUAUUUUUCAACUACUUGUGCCUGAGGGUCCAGUUAAAGGUGCAGAGGUUCCAAGUGGCAUUGGAAAAUAUCUGCACCUUGGCAGGAGAGCUGGAGAUCCUUCAGCUGUGGAUGGUGCUUCCAUACUGGCUUCUCUUAGCAUGAGACCAGAACUAUCACGAUGGAAGUCUGCAGCGCAGGUCACCAAUAAAAUCCACCCCGGGGCUGAAGUACCAGCUCAGUCUGUUAUUCGAGAAGGUACAGAAAUUGAGCUUGAAGAACUCGAAGAAAACUUGAACAGAGCAACUGAAAAAACUGAAGAGACUGGAGGAAUCAACAAGGAUCUUACUCCAGACUGCAACCCAGCUUCGGGCAUAGAGGCAGAGAAUGUAUUGGAAGAAAGAAAUGAGUGGACGAGGGAUUCACUGCCAGCAUCAACGUCAGGCAUGUCUGUGCGGUGUGCUGUGUUUAAAGAAGGCAUUCAUGCAGCAAUUCUUGAAGGCAAUAGCAUGGAUGUUUCAUUUGAUAGUUUCCCGUACUAUUUGAGUGAGAAUACGAAGAAUGUGUUGAUUGCAGCUUCAUAUAUACACUUGAAACAUAAAGAACAUGCAAAGUAUACCUCUGAGCUUACCACUGUGAAUCCUCGAAUAUUGCUAUCUGGUCCAGCAGGAUCUGAGAUAUACCAGGAGAUGUUGGCUAAGGCACUUGCUCAGUAUUUCGGGGCAAAGUUGCUCAUAUUUGAUAGUCACUCACUUGUGGGUGGUUUGUCAUUAAAGGAAGCCGAGCUUCUCAAGGAUGGUUCUAAUGGAGAUAAAAUAAGCACCUCGGCCAAAUCAAGUCCUAUUCCCACAGACUUGGCUAAGAGCAUUGAUCCAUCAGCUUCUGAGCUAGAGGCACCAAAGUUGGUGCCAAGCUCUUCAACUGGACUUUCAUACGGCCUCGAAUCCCAGCUUAAGACAGAGAUUGAUGGCAUCGCCACAUCCUCAGGAACAUCUAAGAAUUAUGUGCUUAAAAUAGGUGACAGAGUAAGAUUUAUUGGUUUAUCAUCUAGCGGCUUAUACCCUACAUCUUCUUCAAGGGGCCCAGCGACUGGAGCCCGAGGAGAGGUUAUGUUGGUUUUUGAGGACAAUCCGUUGUCAAAAGUAGGUGUAAGGUUUGAUAAACCUUUACUUGAUGGUGUUGAUCUCGGGGGUCUUUGUAAAGGACAUGGAUACUUUUGCAACGCCUCUGAUCUUCGUUUGGAGAAUACGGGUGGGGAUGAUCUGGAUAGAUUACUUAUCAAUACAUUGUUUGAGGCUGUACAGAGUGAGAGCAGAAGCUCUCCUUUCAUUUUGUUCAUGAAAGAUGCGGAGAAGUCCCUUGUAGGAAACCAAGAUUCAUAUUCCACAUUCAAAGGCAAACUUGAUAAGCUUCCUGAUAAUGUGGUUGUAAUUGGCUCUCAAACUCAUACUGACAAUCGCAAGGAGAAGUCGCAUCCUGGUGGUCUACUUUUCACGAAGUUCGGUAGCAAUCAAACUGCUCUUCUUGACUUGGCUUUUCCGGAUAGUUUCGGAAGACUGCACGAAAGAGGGAAGGAAGUUCCCAAGGCAACAAAACUUCUGACUAAACUUUUUCCCAAUAAAGUAACCAUUCAUAUGCCACAGGAUGAGGCUCUUCUUGUCUCAUGGAAACAGCAAUUGGAUCAGGAUGUCGAAACCCUCAAAAUGAAGGGAAAUCUAAACCACUUGCGUGCUGUUCUGGGUCGAUGUGGGAUGGAAUGUGGAGGACUUGAUACGCUAAGCAUCAAGGACCAAACACUUACAAAUGAAAGUUCAGAUAAGGUAGUUGGGUGGGCGUUAAGCCAUCAUUUAAUGCAGAAUCCUGAAGCUGAUCCAGAAACAAAUGUUGUUUUAUCUGCUGAGAGCAUCCAGUAUGGACUUGGAAUCUUGCAGUCUAUCCAGAAUGAAAAUAAGAGCUUGAAGAAGUCCCUUAAGGAUGUCAUAACGGAAAAUGAAUUUGAGAAAAGGCUUUUGGCUGAUGUUAUCCCACCUACUGACAUUGGAGUCACAUUUGAUGAUAUUGGGGCACUUGAAAAUGUUAAGGAUACAUUGAAAGAAUUGGUGAUGCUGCCUUUACAAAGGCCGGAGCUUUUCUGCAAAGGGCAAUUAACCAAGCCUUGCAAAGGUAUCCUGUUAUUUGGGCCCCCUGGGACCGGCAAGACGAUGCUGGCAAAAGCUGUGGCUACAGAAGCUGGUGCAAACUUUAUUAACAUAUCCAUGUCGAGCAUCACAUCGAAGUGGUUCGGUGAGGGUGAGAAGUAUGUGAAAGCUGUUUUCUCUCUAGCUAGUAAAAUUGCCCCUAGUGUUGUAUUUGUUGAUGAAGUUGACAGCAUGUUGGGCCGGCGGGAAAACCCAGGGGAGCAUGAGGCAAUGCGGAAGAUGAAAAAUGAAUUUAUGGUAAACUGGGAUGGGCUUCGAACAAAAGAAGCAGAACGAGUUCUGGUACUUGCAGCCACAAAUAGGCCGUUUGACCUGGAUGAAGCUGUCAUUCGAAGGCUUCCCCGUAGGUUGAUGGUAAACUUGCCAGAUGCUCCCAAUAGAGCAAAGAUAUUAAGAGUCAUAUUGGCAAAAGAGGACUUAUCUCCCGAUGUUGAUUUUGAGGCAAUUGCGAGCAUGUCAGAUGGAUAUUCUGGAAGUGAUCUUAAAAAUCUAUGCGUGGCUGCCGCACACCGUCCAAUUAAAGAGAUUUUGGAAAAGGAAAAGAAGGAUUGUGCUGCAGCUAUAGCAGAAGGUAAACCUGUUCCAGCAUUGAGUAGCAGCGGUGAUGUUCGGCCUGUAAACAUGGAUGACUUUAAAUAUGCUCACGAACAAGUAUGUGCCAGUGUAUCCUCAGAGUCUGUGAAUAUGACAGAGCUCUUACAAUGGAAUGAACUAUAUGGAGAAGGGGGUUCUAGAAGAAAGAAGGCCCUUAGUUACUUCAUGUGAAGAUUUCCAGUGUACAAAAGGAUUUUUCAGUCUUUUAUGGAUACUUCUUUCGUAGACUCUCCAGUUCUCCAUGUGAGUAAUUUGCCCUCCAUCUGAGGGCUUUCUGGGGAACCAUUUUGCCUGCAAAAUGAAUGUUUGUCAAGCUAUAUCUCUUUUCCUUAGUUUGAUGGUGGCGGGUACAAGGAAAGUGAAGCCUUCUGAAUAAGUUGGCAUGGCUUCACUGCUUGUGUUUUGUUCCCCAUCCUCUCCGUCAGCAUAAAAACGUCUGUUGCAUCUAAGUUUACUGUAAGAGAGCAUAGAGGAACAAGGAUGAAGUUGAACAGUGGCCUUGUGCAUUACUCAUUUUUUAUUGAGUUUGUCGAAAUUGAACAAUAAGCAGUUGGUAACAAUCACUCUGAUCUAGCUUUUUGUAGCUUGUAGAACAACCAUAAAUCUAAGUACACAGUAUAUAUCUGUUGUUAUUGGUUGUUUUUUUAUACUAGUUGCUAUUGGUUGUUGUGCAAUCUAUGUUGUAAUAAAGUUUGCACCAAUACAUACAUUGUUUUUACUUUUUAGAUUA